GACGAGCUACUCGAUAUGCUGGCGCACCUGCAAAAGGACUACCCGGAGUUGGCCAAGGUGCAUACGAUUGGCCAGUCCCUUGAGGGUCGGCCACUCGCUGUGCUUGAAAUUCGACCGAACGUAAACCGUCCGCGACCAUUGCUAAUGCCGAUGUUCAAGUACGUGGGUAACAUGCACGGUGACGAAACGGUAGGUCGCGAGAUGCUCCUGUAUCUGGCCCAAUACCUACUGGCAAACUAUGGCCGCGAUCCGGAAGUCGGAGCCCUGAUGAACGAGACAGCCAUUUACCUGAUGCCAACAAUGAAUCCCGAUGGCUACGAGCGCUCCAAGGAAGGUGUCUGCGAAUCGCCUCCUGACUACGUCGGACGGUACAACGCGGCAAACGUGGAUCUGAAUCGCGAUUUUCCGGACCGGUUUGACGAUGAGCGUACGCGCCAUGUGCGCAUGAAACGGCGCCAACCGGAAACAGUGGCUGUCAUGAGCUGGAUCCUGAACAAUCCCUUCGUCCUGUCGGCCAAUCUACAUGGAGGCGCCGUUGUUGCCAGCUAUCCGUACGACAACUCGAUCUACCAUCAUGAGUGCUGCGAGGAAAGUCGUACUCCGGAUAAUAAAUUCUUCAAGUACGCUGCCCUGACGUACGCGGAGAACCAUCCGGUUAUGCGUUUGGGUCGCGAUUGUAACGAAACUUUCCAGAGUGGCAUCACUAAUGGAGCUUUCUGGUACGAGUUGAGCGGUGGAAUGCAGGACUUCAACUACGUGUACAGUAACUGCUUCGAGGUGACGCUAGAGUUGAGCUGCUGCAAGUUCCCGCUUGCUCAAGAGCUGCCGAAAGAGUGGAACAAAAACAAGCGCAGUCUGAUCGAGUAUAUGAAGCUGGUUCAUGUUGGCGUGAAGGGUCUCGUUACUGACAGUGCCGGCUAUCCGAUUAAGGACGCUGACGUCAUCGUAAACGGUAUCGAUCGCAAUGUCCGUACCGGUGAGCGGGGCGAAUACUGGCGUCUUUUGGUACCGGGCCAGUACAACGUCCGUGUGGAAGCCGUUGGCUACCACCCAAGCGAGGAAGUUACUGUAUUGGUUAAAGUCGAUCAACCGCUGCAAGUGAACUUCAGCCUGAAGAGCUACGACACACAAGAAGCGCCUUCCAAGGCAGAGCAGGUACGUGUGGUUCGUGAAACGUUUGACGAGUACGGAUUCGCAAAGAAACCAGACUUUGCCCACCAUAACUACACCGCCAUGGUGAGCCUCAUACGCGAUUUGGGCAGCAACUAUCCGUCGAUAACGCAUCUCUACUCCAUCGGGAAAUCGGUUCAGGGUCGCGAUCUUUGGGUGAUGGAGAUUACCGAAGGACCCGGGCAACACAUGCCCGGAAAACCGGAAGUGAAGUACAUCGCCAACAUGCACGGUAAUGAAGUGGUCGGACGGGAGCUGCUAUUGCUAUUUGCGACGUAUUUGUGUGAAAAUUAUAACCGAACGGAGCGUGUAACGAAGUUGGUUCGUCAGACCCGGUUGCACCUGCUGUUCAGCAUGAACCCCGACGGGUACGAGCUUGCGGAUAUCAACGAUAAAGACAGUCUCAAGGGUCGUUCGAACGCCAACAACGUCGAUCUGAAUCGCAAUUUCCCGGAUCAGUUCGGUCAGAACCAGUAUAACUUACGACAGGAGCCGGAAACACUCGCCGUGAUGAACUGGUCGCUAGCGACGCCGUUCGUCCUGUCAGCUAACCUGCAUGGUGGCGCCCUCGUCGCGAACUAUCCGUUCGAUGAUUCGCCCAAAGAUUUCGCUGACUCGAGUGGAUACGGCGAUCCUCGCACGGUGAAGAAUCCGACCGAGGAGAACGAACUGUUCCAGUACCUGGCGCACGUAUACGCAAAUUCCCACACAACGAUGCACCUUGGCAAGCCGUGCCCGAGCUUCUUGCGGGAAAACUUCUCUGAUGGCAUCACGAAUGGAGCGUCCUGGUACAGUGUAACCGGCGGCAUGCAGGACUGGUCGUACGUGGUUGGUGGGGCAUACGAGCUGACACUCGAAGUCGGAUGCGACAAGUUUCCGCCCGCUUCGCAAUUGCCCGAAUUCUGGCACCAGAAUCGCGAAGCCCUGUUACAAUACGUGGAGCAAGCGCAGCACGGCAUCACGGGAUACGUGAGAAGCACGAUCGGUCAUCCGAUUGGACGGGCGAGCGUUCAAGUCGACCAGAUCGAACAUGUCACCUACACGACAGCCAACGGGGACUACUACCGGCUAUUGCUUCCUGGCCUGUACAAUGUCACGGCCGAAGCAGAAGGAUACGAACCCCAGAAGCUAGAGGUCCGCGUUUCUCCAGAAGCCGACCGGGCCGUAAUCGUCGACUUCCAGCUGAUGCGGAAUGACCCGCAGCAUUGGUCGUCGGCGUACGACUUCCGCACGUUGGACAACAUCCUGAACACGCGGUAUCACUCGGACGCGGAGUUGAAAUCCGUCAUGGCAGAGUUCGAAAACAAACACUACAAAUCUGUCACACUUGAACUCAGUGGAAACGAGGUAUCGAUGGCAUAUCCCUCGGUGAAGGUGACCGAUAGCAUUGCCUCACCGGACGAGACAAAGUUGCACAUUCUGAUCAUUUCGUCGCUCUUCCAAACGGCCGCCAUCGGGCGAGAAAUGGUCAUCAACCUGGCGCGCCACGUGCUGGCCGGAUACAGCAUCAAGGAACCGUUGCACAUCAAACUGCUCGAAAACGCGGUAUUGCACUUCGUGCCGGUGAAAAACGAUUUCGAAGAGAUCGUGCAGCAGUUCCGGACGAACACGUCCAUCUGUAAUCCCACGCUGCACUCCGAUGAGCUGGCGGAUAAGUUACUGAAUGCCGAAACCGACCACCAGAAGGAUAUGUUCUUGCGCAUGCUUAAGGAUGACGAGUAUGACCUGGCGCUGACUUUUGCCGCAGGAGGCCACGAUGUGUUCUUCCCCCACACCAACGAUAAGGUGGCAAUAUACUCGCGCUUUGCGGAGAAAAUCAAAGGCCACAAGUACCGGCAGCCGCUUGGGGCCACACAAUGUCCAGUCGAUGCCAGCCAGCUCCACCAGGCUGAGGCGACACAGCGGGUCACCAACACGAUCCAGAAGCUGUACGAAGUGCCCAUGUUCACGAUGCAGCUCGGCUGCUGCAAGAUGCCCACCGAGGCGAACAUCGCGACCGUGUGGCGUCAGAACCUCGAACGCAUGGGUAACUUCCUUCGGUUGAUCGAUACCGGCAUACGUGGCUAUGUUAAGGACAUCCACGGGGUGCCGCUUCGGAAGGCUAUUUUACGUGUCCGCGGCAACAGCCUUAUCUACAAGGUGACACCCAAUCUGGCUCACUUCCGCAUCGUUUUGCCAUCUGGCUCGAUCGAGAUCGAGAUCAGUUGCUACAACUACACGUCCCGCAUCGUGCCGGUAACGCUGGCCGAAAACCAAAUACUUGACCUCGGUGAUAUCGUCAUGCAGGAAGCCGCCCGACCACGGGAGAGUAUCGUCGAGCCACCCGUCCCGGUGGUUCCACAGACUGUGCCGGAGAAACACCGGGAUUUUGGCGUGCUCGAGCCUAGCAAAACGAUGCGCGUGUUCCCGCAGGACGGUGGAGUUGAAAUGAACGGAGCAGUGAGCGGAAUUGUGUUGGACGAUGCCAACCAUCCGCUGCCGGAUGCAAAGGUGUACGCAAUCGAUGCGCACAGUUCGCGAUUGCUUGCGACAACUCGUACCGGGCCGCUGGGCAAAUUCCAGUUAGAAUCUCUGUUCAGUGCCAAGGACAUCGUAGUGCAUGCGGAACCGUCCGGGUACGAGGCAGGACAAAAGACGAUCAGCCAAGGACCGCUGGGUGGUGCGUCAGGUAUCGUGUUCCAUCUGGCCCGGGACGAACGAGUGCUGGGACUGCCACGGCUAGUCUUCGUUAUUCUGGCCGGAUGUGUUUGCGUGGGCAUCAUCGUCGGUGGCAUCAUGUGCUUCAUGUACGUGCAGGCUCGACGUCGAGAUUCGCGGUACUACUACAAUUUCUCGCUGUUGCCGCAAAAGGGCGAACUGAACCGGAAGCUCUUCGAUGACGACGAAGAAACGGAGCUGUUCCGGGCGUCCACGAAAACACUCUACUACUUUCUUAUCCUCUCUCCAGAGCUGCAGCCUUACUACGAUGACGAGCGUGAUCCGAUCACGGACACGGACGACGACAGUGAGGAGGAGAUCGUGAUGUUGAAUCCUUCCUUCCGCAACACCAUUAGCCAAUCGUAACCGGCUGCGGAAACGUUCCAAUGGCUCCUACCACUGCGUACCUUAACCCAUUCCGGAUCGGCCGGAACGAACGGCGUUGUCUGAUGAACCUUUUGGACAUCUGCCCGCUCACCCAUUUCGCCUUGCCUUGUGACAUGUUUUGUUUGGUUUAUUCUGUUUGGACAACGAGCGAACCCGAUUCCCGGUUCACCGUUUGGAUUGUGAUAACACAAGAGAGGCCUUUCCCGGGUCGGACGGGACAACAAUCACCCCAGUACUGCAUUUUCCAUCGCCUUUCGUUGAUGCGUGGACGGUGCGUGAAAAAAAACGCACAAAAAUUAGCUAACAGUGAGGAUAGGACGAUGACGACGACUAGCCGUUUUGCUGGCACACGACCCAUGUGAACUUACAUUCGGCAACAGAAGCUGUGAACGAAGGCGGCAAAUGAAAGAAUCUGUAUCUCUUAAGCAUGGUUAUUUAGGAAGAUAGACAAAAUGAGAAAAAGAGAGAGAAAUAAAUAAAAUACGGAAUAUCUGAAUUCCUUCGGCAGGGUAUAUUAGCGAAGCUCCAACACGAUGCGUGACUUUAUUUAGAUUAACUUAUUAUGUUUUUAUAAGCAAAUCAUCAAUAAACCCACAUCAAGAGCGUCGUGAAGCGAGAAGAGUAUUCGUUUGCCACACACUCGUACACCUCGUGGCGUUUGUGAUAUUCGCUAGAACAACGAAUAAAACAGUUCGUGUUUCUUCUUCA